AUAGGGAUAAAAAUUAAAACCGUCAUCUAAAUGUCAAUUGGCGGGUGAUGUGAAUUUGUGGUAGAUAAAAGAGAAUGUAUUGUUUUUUUCUUGUUUUGAUAAUAAGAAAAUUUAAAUAAACUAAUGAGAACACAACACUCAUUAUUAUUAAUGAGAAUCCAUCUGCGUUACUGCUUUCACACCUACUACAAAAAAACUUGAAUACCAAAAUCACAAAAGGAGGAUUUUUAUUGAUUUAAUCCUCGGACCCAGCCGAGAAUAGUGUUUGAGAAUAAUAACAAAAAUCUUAAAAUGAGCAAGUGCAGUAAAAACGUGUCAGAUUACGUUACAACGAAGCCGAAGCAACUCUGGUCUUUAGGAUUAGUAGAAUCGAUGAAAGACCCCAAGUCAAUUUAUAAAGAAAAUGAACGCAUCGUUGUUAUAAGAGACAAGUAUCCCAAAGCUAAAAUCCAUUACCUGGUUCUACCCCGCGAAGAUAUUAGUAGUAUUUACAAGCUAAGUAAAGAACACAUUCCUCUUAUUGAAGAAUUUGGUCAAAUUUUUAAAGAAAUUCAAAAGGAGCAUGCAGAUUUUUUCCUCCAUUGUGGAUUUCAUGCAGUUCCAAGUAUGCAACGAAUGCACAUGCACAUAAUCAGCAAUGAUAUGAUCUCAACAUGCUUGAAGACAAGAAUACAUUGGAAUAGUUUCACCACUAAAUUCUUUCUACCAUACAAAGAUGUUCUUAAUAAAUUAAAGGAGGAUGGAUUAAUAGACAAGAUGUCGCCAGAAACUCAUAAGAGUUUUAUGUCAAUACCGUUGAAAUGCAAUCAGUGUGAUUUUGAACCAAAAACAAUGCCACAACUCAGGCAACAUUUAUUAACGCAUGUUCAAUAAUGAGUGUGCAACUACUUCAAGAAAAAAAAGUUUUUGUAUAAACAUUUAAAAACUAGUUAUUACUGUUAGAUCUUGUGAUUGUUAGCCAUUAUUGUAAUAAAAUUAAGUAAUUUCUCAUAUUAUAUUAUCUCUAAUAAAUACUUUCAUUUCAAGGGAGUGCAAUAAAGAUUCUGGAAAGGUACCAACAAUCAAUUAAUGAUGCUAUUGAAAAAAACUUAUAGAAUAAGUAUUACAAUGCAAAAUCAUACCUUAGAAGUAUUGUGAGGUAUUUCUAAUAAAAUUGCAUGACACACAGCUAAUGAAAUUGAUGUGGCCUAUGUUUAAACGUAAAUUGACCUAAUUGUAACACCUUUUCUAUCCAUUAACAGGAUUAUAAAUGUUUAACAUCUAUGAGUAUUUUUAUGCAGUAAUAAAGGUGAAAUAAAAUAGU